AUGCCACACAAAAAAGCAAAGGGUCCAAAGCGGAAACAGGGAGAGGUCGAUCUACCGGUGGACACUACACAAUCGGACGACACCCCCAAAUCGUUCACUCGAUUGAUGAGAUAUAAGGAUAUUACCGAGCAAAAACGCAAAGAAAAGAAGGAACAACAAGCGAAAAAGAAAGCCAACAAAGACAAGCAAGAACCACUCAAGCCAUUUGAAGGCGAACGACUGAGGGAUUUUACCCAGCGUGUUGAAAUUGAAUAUCAAAAGCAGAUCAAGGAAGCCAAGCCUUUGAGUGCGAGGAAACGACGUAAUCGGGAGGCUCGUAAGGAGAAGGAACGAGAAAAGAAGCAGCGACAAGUGGAAAAGUAUGGUGGUCGAGACUUUGAUGAUCUUCGAGACAAUGUCAAAUUUGGUGAAGUGGCGGAUGCUCCUCCAGUGUUUAACAAACUACCAAAAGCUCGUGGUCGAGGCAAAGAGACACUUGAAGCAAAGACACGACAAGCAACCAAGGAUGAAGAACGAAUGGAACAAACCAAGGCAUCCAAUAAGCGGAAGCUUCAAAACAUGAGCAUGGCAGCACGACAACAAUUAGAAAAUGAACGUGAUCGAGCCAUUGAGAUGUAUCGAGCAAAGAAAGCCAAAAAGAUGGCAGCAUCAGGAUUGACACCGAUUUGA